AUGUUUAAGGCCGAGGAGCUCGUCGGGCUGAGUCGUGAGACCAGUGUCCCGCAGGAGCCCUGGAAGCAGGCUGUCGUUCGUCCCCGAGACGGAGGGCCGGCCGUGCCCUGUGUGGGCCACAACUUGCCCUCCUCCUCGGGGUUGCGUGUCCGGCCCUCCGUGGAGGGGUCCGCGAGCUCGGCCGGAGGGAACCGCUGCGUGGCCGCGGCCGAGGCGUGCACGGCGGAUGCGCGGUGCCAGGGGUUGCGCACGGAGUACGUGGCGCGGUGCCUGGGCCGGGCCGCAUCGGGGGGCUGCUCCCGCGCCCGCUGCCACCGCGCCCUACGCCGCUUCUUCGCCCGCGGGCCGCCGGCCCUCACCCUCGCGCUGCUCUUCUGCCCGUGCGCGGACCCCGCGUGCGCCGAGCGCCGCCGCCAGACCUUCGUGCCCUCCUGCGCCUUCGCCGAGCCGGGGGCCUUCCAGGCCUCCUGUGCACCCGCCCCGGUGGCCCCGGAAGGCUGCUCAACCCCGCAGACCCCGCGGUGCUGGCUCGCCUACGCCGGCCUUGUAGGUACCAUCAUCACCCCUAACUACGUGGACAACGUGAGCGCCCGCGUGGCCCCCUGGUGCGACUGCGCGGGCACCGGGAACCGGCGAGAAGAGUGCGAAGGCUUCCGGGGCCUUUUCACGAGGAACCUUUGCUUGGACAGGGCCAUAGAGGCCUUUGAGAGCCAGUGGCCCCCAUCCCUGCAGGACUCUCAAGACCUGCUGCAGGUGCCCUCGUCAGGAUGGUUUCUGGAGGGGAGCUGGUGUCUCUUCAUGCUCCCAGCCCUGGCUCUCUGUCCCCUGCUCUGACAAGAACCACAGACAGCAGUCAAGAAACCGGGCCUCCAACCCUUCCUGCAGUUUCAGGGCCAUGGCUGUGGCCCACAGUACCACUGCAAAGGGACAGGCUCGCCCUCCACAUCAGCCCUGGUCUUCUCUCUGGCUUUCUUUUGCAGAUGUGGACACCCCUGCCCCUGCCUCAUGGAAGGGGCCGUGGGGGUGCCCUGGACUGCAAAGCCCUGCCUUCCCUCUCUGCCCCUUGCUCUAUCGCCCUUCCUCUUUGCACCAGCCAUGGGAUCCUUGGGGUCUCCCAGAGGGCGGAGAAAGAGUGGGUACAGGGAGACCGUCACUUUGGAUCUGACACUUCCUGGGGCGAGAGAUGAUUUAGGGAAAUUUGAUUCUGUCCAUGAAAUCUUUCUCCAUCCCCCACCCCCCCCACCCCCCGGGUUCCCCGUACUG